GCGUUUUAAUUUAAUGGGUUUUUAUCUCCGACAACAGCCUCAGGGGUUCCCCGCCACGCCCGCGCCUGCUACCGCUCGACGACGCCGUGCACCUGUGUCUGGCUGACUCGUUCACUUGCUCACGGGCACACGCACGACGCACGAUAAUAUUAUUAUUAUAUAGUGUUUGUUGUUGUCGAUUUAUUAGUAGUAGUUGCGUAAAGCGAAUACGAUAUUUCGUAAUUUCUCGGGGAUCACAUGUGGUCGUGUGCCGUCGACUCCAGUCUUUGCCGUUGUAGUAAACUGUGUAGUGUUUUUACUACCGUCUUGUCCUUGGUGCCUCUAUAGUAUUAAUAACAUUAUCGAUUCGGAAAAAAAAUGUUCUCCCGUUUCGUUUCGACUACAUUAUUAUUAUAGCUCAUUAAAUAACAACCCAUAUUAUUAUACUCGUUAUCAUCACGUAUGCAGCAACCGUUGUCAAAUACACGUCGUUAUAAUAUAUAUAUAUAUUUUUGAUUACUGUUUUUAGCGAGUUAUAAAAUCUUAUUUUGAGAGUAUCUGUCGACAACAGUACGUGCAUACGUUACUUUAUCAUUAUUAUUCAAAAUAAUUAAUAUAUAGUUGGGGCUCUCGCUCUCCUGAUUUCCUUAUGCGAAGGUGGGGAAGACAAUUUGUGACGAAUAUCAAAAUCCGUAUUUGCGUCUUGGAAAAUCAUAAUAAUAUAGCCAUAUAGGUAAUAAACUAAAAACUAACUAUAAUGGUGGUGUGGGUACAAACACAAUUUUGCCGAUGGUGACGACGAUUUGUCCUCUUGGUCUGGGAACCACUUGUGAUGCGUCCUGCAACUCGCCCGUUGGCUCCGGACAAACACCGCACCUCUGCCCGUGACGUUUCUGUUUCUAACCCUCCUCCCUCCACCGAUCAUCGUUUUUAAUAUUUCUAUCGUGUCCUUUUACACUCCAAUGGACAACUACUGGUUUAAAUGUUCAGUAUUCACUAUUCAGUGUUUGGUCGUAGUCGAUUACGACCUGUUGGGUCGCGUUAUUUUAUCCUUCUGUGGUCCUACAAUGACGUUGUUGGUGUUGUUUUUCCUCUAGUUCCUUCAAGAAUAUUUUACUUAAUUACUUUUUUUUUUUUAACUAAAGAUUAUUUUGAACGAAGAAUGAAAAACAAUUAACUUCACGCUCGAAUUCGUAAUAUUUAGAUCAUUAUGGAAUCUCCACAAGAAGAGAAUGUAUCAUUAGACUUUGGCACAACAACCAAGGGAGAAGAGUAUCUUUUGUCAGUAUCUACUGGUUUUUAUGAAGAAGAAUUUGACGACGACGAAGUAUUUUUGGACGAUUCACAAAGUAUUGAUAUGGAAUCAUUAUCAGAAAUUCCACCACGUGUUCGUAGAACUUCAGAUGUUAUUGACUGUGUUGGUGGAACUAUAUCUCCAGCACAUAUUAAACGUCAUAGUUUUCCAUCAGCAUCUGGUGAAGUUUUGUACUCUGCUACAUCACAGGCUACUAACAUCACAGUGUCAAAUCGAUCUAGGCGUACUGAGCUUACAACAGAAUCAGUUGAUCUUGGCUAUAGUAGCCCUGGUGCACAAUCUUCAGGCAGAUCUUUUAAAGGAACAUGGUUCAGGUUUAGUAACAGUAAUGAUCCUGAUUCUGUUGAUGCUCGACCAACUCACAUAUUAGAUGAACAACAAAAAUCUAAUACUAACAGCAAAUUAAGUCCUGGUAUCAAGAAAUCUGGCGAAGAGUUUAGAAUGCCUGUAACUAAAGACGCUACAUGUUAUAAUAUGGAUCAUAAAUAUCGAGGUAUUGCUGUUAUCAUAAAUAAUGAUGUUUUUGAUGGACCUGCGCAGAGUUUACCUGAGAGGAAAGGUUCAUGGAAAGAUGUUGAAGAGUUGAAGACAAUGUUCUAUCGUUUAGAUUUUAGUGUUUUGAUUUGGAAUAACUUGUAUCAUGAAGAAUUGACUCAUCAUUUGAAUGAAUUGGCUAAUGAUGAUCAUUCUCAAAAUGAUUGUCUCGCUAUUGUUGUGUUGACGCAUGGGAUCAGUUCAUCAUUUAUUUAUGCCAAAGACAAUCCAUAUCCAGUUGAAUUUUUGUGGAAUUCAUUUACAGCUGAUAAAUGCCGUACACUGGCUGGAAAACCUAAAAUGUUUUUUGUACAGGCAUGUCGUGGAGAAAGGCUCGAUCCUGGUAUUACACUACGUAGAGAAGUGGAAACUGAAGUAGAUUCUUCCAAUGCCGCAUACAAAAUUCCUAAACAUGCCGAUUUCUUGAUAACUUUCAGCACUUAUGAUGGUUAUUAUUCAUUCAGACAUCCUGAGAAUGGCACUUGGUUUAUUCAAAGUCUUUGUAUUGAAAUGAACAAGCAUGAUCUUAGCAAUAAUGAUUUGUUAGGAAUUAUGACUCGCGUGUCUAGACGAGUUGCUUUGGAACAUGAAUCUUACAAUCCAGAACACCCAUGGCUACAUAAGCAAAAGCAGAUUCCCACCAUUCAUUCGAUGCUCAUUAGAGAUGUGUUUUUUAAACCUAAAAAUAUACCACCACCUGAACCAGUUAUAUUAGAAAAUAUUAUUAUCAGAUGAGUCUUAAAACCAUUCCUGAAGUUCUAGAAAUACACACCAACUUUGAAAACAAAAUCAACAGCAUCUAUUACGUGUGCAUAACAAUGUAUUUUACCAGUUGAAAUGAUAUAGUUUUAUAAGUGUGUGCCCAUAAGUGUUCAAAACAUUUAAAUUAUAAGAAUUCUAAAUUUUGUGAUAAAAAAAAAAAUGUCUUUUUAAGACUGAAUCGAUUUUGAUUAACAAUUAUUUUUAGGAGAAAAAAAAAUUGAUCUUCAUAAUUUUUGGUUUUGUUUUUUUCAAACAUUUAUUGUUAUUCAUCAAUAAUAACUUACAUUCUUCAUUUAGCUUUAAUAAUAUCAAUAUUUCAACUAACUUAAAAUUUGUACAAUGAAUGAGUUUUUAUUUAUUUCAAAAUUAUUUCUGAUUGAAAUAUUCAUACAUUUUAAUUUACUUAUAUUUAAUUUUUAUUAAAAAUGAUCUUUAUUGAACAUUUGAACAACUAUCUUGCUAAAACUAUUUGCCAAUUAUUCAGAUCAAAAGUAUUUGCUCAUCUAUAAUAUUAAUUUAAAGAAGUAUUAUUUUUUUUUUUAAGUUUAAAGUAUUUUAGACAUUUUUAAUUAUUACUGUUAUCGGGCAUUAAAACUGCCCAUUACAUAUGUCUUUCAUGAAUUAAAUUUUAAGUAUUAUUUAAUGUUUUUUUUUUUUUUUUUUAUAUACAAUAUAUAAAAUAUGUGAAAAGUGAUAAUAUCGCAUUUAGUAACAAUUUUUUUUUUUAUUAUUUGUCAUUUUAUAGCAUUUUGUUGCUUUUGAGUUUAGCACAUUUAUUAUAAUUCUUAUUUUUAGUUAUAUUAUUACAUGUUAUACUGCCUAUAGUAUUUUUCUCACUUCCGUUUGUUAUUAUAAUUUUCUUUAAUUGGAGGACAUUAUAUUUAUUAUUUCUCAAGUACUAUUGUUGCAUUAUUCUGAUGAUUGCAAAUUUAAGUAUUGUACUACUCGAAAUAAAAAUUGUAAAUCUAUUUUUUUUUUUUAAUUUAUACAUAAAUAUAUACGUAUAAAUUUGAUCUUGGGAACUGAAUAAUGUUGUACUUGAUUUAUAUUUAAAUUAGUACUUCAUUUUAUGAUUUAUUGAUCUCUCCCAUCUAGUUCAAAUAUAUAAUUAUAUAUUUUUAUAUAUAUAUAUAUAUAUAUAUAUAUUCAUUAUAUAAUUUAUCAUAUAAGCAAAAAGACAGAAAAUACAUUUGUCAUUUAACUACUUUACACUACAACAAACUCUUAUCAUUUUAAUCUAAAAUUUAUAAACAUGUAUUUUGAUGUAUUUUAAGUUUACAUAUUAUAUUAAUAAUCUAUUUUAUAUAUUUAUACAUACAUGGUUUAUGUAAUAAUGUGUUUUAUUAUGUGUAUUCAUGUGUUUGAGGGAUGUUUAAUUUUGUGGACAUUUUUUAGCCAAUAGAUAGUCCUAAAGACUCAAUUUAAAUUAUUUUAUAUAUGCUCAUAUUUUUUCAUACUAUUAUUAAUAUUUUACGUUGUAUAUAAUAAUAUAAUAUAAUACAUUUUAUUUUUCCAUCAGUUAUCGACAUGAUCAAGUGUAUUAUCAUAAAUAUAUAAUAUAAAGUUCUUAGUAUUCUAUUUUUAUUUGAUGAUAUUGAUGAUUUUUUUUAUUGUAUUGCCAUAGUUCAAAAUUAUGGUUUUAAAGUAUGUGUUCAUAUUUGAUAUUACAUAUUAAUGCAUUUUUUAUUUGAUUCACAUGUUCUUAUUAUAAUAUAUUAUAUUAAAUAAAUUUUAAAAAUUAUUUUUUCCCUAUA